ACAAAAGUGUCUCUCCGUUCAAUCCUUUUGGGCAGCUGGAGAACAUUUUAAGGGAGAAACCAGCUUACGCUCAGUUGAAUACGGACUGCACUGACUACUAAUAGUAUUUGGCAAUCUGCUGUAUACAUUAUCCUUUAUUAGCCGAAGUAAUAUGGAAGCGCUUUUAACGUGCAGCGUUUGUAAAAAGCUCUUGGAUGAACCGAAGACUCUUUCUUGCUUCCAUUCGUUCUGUAAAAAAUGCCUCGCGGGAUAUAUUGCAACUGAACGCGAGAAAGCUCAAAAGAAACCUGGAGCUCGGGAUCGUCUCAACUGUCCUAGGUGUAGAACUAAAUUUGAACCUGAGGAAAGCGAUGGCAGGGAACGAACUGCGCCGGCAAAUUGUUUCAUUAAUAACAUGUUGGAAAUACAGCAGCAAACACCGGGGUUUUCUUGUGAAUCUUGCGAAGCUCAAAGGCCGGUCACAUGCAGAUGUAUUGAAUGCGAACGCUUUUUGUGCGAGGACUGCUUGAAAACACAUAAUAAUUGGCAAGACUUCGAACAACAUGUUGUGCUGACAUUAGAAGAAUUGACAAAACCUGAGAACCAAAACAAAGCAAAAAACAAGCCUGGUCUUUGCCAGAAGAAAGGACACGGAAAUAAACCAUACGAGUUUUAUUGCGACACCUGUCAGGAACUUGCUUGCAUUAACUGCGUUUUAUUGGAUCAAUCAGGACCUGGUCAUAAUUGUCAAUCGACCGAUAUACUUGCCGAGGAAAAGAAGAAAUCUUUGAAAACAACUUUCGAUAUCUUACAGAAGACGUCAGGCGAAGUCAAAAGUUCCUUAGAGGAAAUAGAUCAGGCAACCAAGGAUCUUGACCGCAACACGAAAAGUGCUAAAGAUUUGGUAGAGGAACAAAAGAAGGCAAUCUUGCAGGAGUUAACCACGAGAGUAGAAGAGAAAACAGAUAUUUUGCUUUGUAGAAUUGACAAAAAAUAUCAGCAUGUGAAACAAAAACUAUUGGAACAAAGUGACGAGGUUAACGCCUAUAACGAGAGGGUGAAUGGUUCGCUGGAUUUUGCGAAGAAUGUUAUCGAAAAAGCGAAUAAUGAAGAAAUCGUUUUGCUUUGCGCUAAAAUCCAGGCCUCCACCGACGAUAUCAAGAAGGAAUGCCCAGAAAUGAUGGAACCAAUUCAUGAUGGCGGCAUUGAAUAUCAGCCAGAACCAAUCGAAACUGUUCUUUGCGAUGUGAAGCUAAAUGUUCUAGGAAAUAUGGAUUGUAGUCAUUGGCGACUUGAUGAUCCUGUGCUGCAGUCCUUGUGUGAUGGAUCAUACAUCUUGGAUAAAAACAUUGAACAUGCGAAGCAACUUGUAGAGUGGAUGGAAGAUAAGAGGUUUGGUUGGCACCUUCGUUAUCGAGCUUCGCGUGAUGGUUGGGAAGCAGAAAAGUUUCAUAAAAAGUGUGACAAUGUCGGACAUACAUUGACCUUGGUGAAAUGUGGAACCAACAUCUUUGGUGGCUUUACUGAUCAAAGCUGGGAAGCACAAGACAUGUUUGACUACAAACGUUCAAACUCCUCAUUCCUGUUUUCUCUUGAAAAUAAUGAAGACAAUAUGCGGGCUUUUAAGUGUCCGAUCAAGAGAAAUCAAAAAGAAAAAGCCAUCUGUUGUAAUCGCAACUGGGAAGUGGUCUUCGGUGGUGGUCACGAUUUGUACAUCAGUCCAAAUGCCAGCAUGAACAAACAUUCAUACAGCAACCUUGGGGUCACAUACCAACUACCUUUCGGAUAUAAACCUGGAACUUCAAAGGCCAGAUCUCUUCUGGCAGGCAGCGAAGAAUUCUUACCAUCAGAAAUUGAAGUUUUCAGCAGACGAAGGCUUUCAACCAUGACUCGAUGUCAGACAACAACUCCGUGAGAUUCCUGCACCAGUCGAUCCAUUGUUAAUUCAUUUCCGGGCACUUGUGAGGAACAUCUCAGAAGGACAGUGAAGAUAUUGGAAAGCAUUCCAGACCACACGAAACGAUUUGCCAGACCCGAGUCUUCUAUAUGCGGACUACAGUACAGACCUUUGCUUUUAUAUACAAUAAAAUUUACAACAAAUUUAGUACAGACCUUUUAAUCUUAAUCCAAUCCAGUGAAUGACUAAGGCUAUGUAAUAAUUCAAAAUCAUGUAAACCAAAGUUCCAGUAUUUGAGGAUAGCAAAAACAUUAGUCUUAGAAGGAAGUCGACACUGACGACAGGUUUUAAUUUUGCCAAAAAGUCUAUUUGUAGAUAGGAAAGCAUUUAUUUUAAAUUAAUAUAACAAUUAAUAAGUUGAUAAUUUCAGGAAUAAUUAUGAGGAUGAUAGAAAAUUAAUAUAAACUAUGUCACUUAAGCUCUAUGAGAGAAUAA